AAUGUAAUAUAACAGUAUAGAAGAAGAAGAAGAAGGAGAAGGGAGGAGAAGAUGGAGAUUCGAGUGAAGUGUGGGUGUGGAGAAGAGGAGUGUAGCGAGUGGAUGAUCGUAGAACUCCAAGGCGUCGUGGAAACUCAGUCUUCGUUCCAAGGUUCUGUUCAGAAUCUCGAGAUCGGUCAUCUCUGUCACUCCGAUUCCUCCCAGGAAACCUACACGUUCACGGUGGGUUACCAUGAACUCACGGGCUCCAAGGUGACUCUGAAGAAACCAUUGUUGGUUUUGAAGAAGCUUCAAAAGGGUACAGAUGGUUCUUCAAAGAAAGAAACGGAACUGGAAGUUGUCGGGAUUAUAAGGUCAAAGAUCUUGUUUAAGACCAGACCUAAGCCUCUCUUUUCAGGAACAAAUUAGGCUGCAAGUGCAAAGUGAUACCUCUGGAUUGCUUCUUAGUUCUGCCUGUUUCCUGUCUUGUAAGCUACGGAAGAGAUAAACUGAUGUACUCUGUUCUUUGUUUUCAAGGAAAUUUAUUACUUUUUGGGAAGUUAUUACCUUAAGUCUCAAUCUGAAUCAUAGCAUUAGCAAGGAUGUAAAGGCAAUAUAAUAAUGAUAUUACUAGCCCUA